AAGUCGAGCCCAUAAUUAAAAUCCCUCGCUAGGGUUUUAGGUUCUUGGCAUAUCUUCAUCUCCUCUUCAUCCUCUUACUGCCUUCAUCCCCCUUUUUUCACACAGAGUACGAAGUAGGAACCCUAGUUUCUUCAUCUACCUGCGAAAAAAAUGGGUAUUUCUCGUGAUUCUAUGCACAAGAGGCGUGGCACUGGUGGCAAGAAGAAGGCUUGGAGAAAGAAGAGAAAGUAUGAGCUUGGGAGGCAGCCUGCUAUGACAAAGCUGUCAAGCAACAAGACAGUAAGGAGGGUUAGGGUUCGUGGUGGUAAUGUCAAGUGGAGAGCAUUGAGGUUGGAUACUGGAAAUUAUUCAUGGGGUAGCGAGGCUGUGACUCGCAAGACCCGUAUUUUAGACGUUGUUUACAAUGCAUCCAACAAUGAGCUUGUGAGGACACAGACUUUGUUGAAGAGUGCUAUUGUCCAAGUUGAUGCUGCACCAUUCAAGCAGUGGUAUCUCCAACACUAUGGUGUUGACAUCGGGAGGAAGAAGAAGGCUGCUGCAGCCAAGAAAGAAACAGAGGAGGCUGAGGCGACUGAAGAAGCUAAGAAGAGUAAUCAUGUUGUGCGAAAGCUGGAAAAGCGCCAGCAAAAUCGCACUUUGGAUCCUCACAUUGAAGAGCAAUUUGGCAGUGGUCGUUUGUUGGCUUGCAUUUCAUCCCGUCCUGGUCAAUGUGGUCGUGCUGAUGGAUACAUUUUGGAAGGAAAAGAGCUGGAAUUUUACAUGAAGAAAAUCCAAAGGAAGAAGGGCAAAGCAGGAGCCGCUUAGAUUUUUUUGCUGUAGGAUCAUAUUCAUAUUUGUUUCUCUGUCAUCAAUUUCUCCUUGGUCCUAAGUCCUUGCUUUGGCAUUGGACUUGCACUUGAGAUUAAGUUAAUGUUAUGUGCUUUAUCCAAAGCCUUUUGUUAUAUGUGGUGUGAUGCUUCGUAUUAUGCUGUAGUUAGUUCACAGAAAAAACCCCGUUUGAGAUUACUCAAAGCUACGGCCUGCUAUUCUGUCUCUUGUUCGAGUUUUGCAACUUAAAAGUUAAUAUGAUCUUAUGAUAGUCUGCAUCAUAUUGAGAUGUU